AUAAAAAUACCGAACUAUAUGAUAUAUAAACAUAGCUAAUUCAUAAAUAUAUAUAUAUAUAUAUAUACAUAUAUAUAUAUGUAUAUAUAUAUAUAUAAUAAGUAAUAUAUAUAGUAAUAUUACUCUUAAAUUAAUCAUACAUUACCAGCGAAACGAAAGAUUAAUCAUUACAUAUCCUAAAUAUUAAACCACAUUGAACAUUUCCUACAUUACUCGUAUCGCAUAAGUAAAAUAAAUAUAAACAGUAAAAUAUAAUAUAGAAGACAAAUAAAAUAAGUGAAAAGAGGGCUGAAGAAAGCAGAAGGCCAAAUUAUAGUUUCGGCGUGUGUUGUUUCGAUGGCAGCACUUGCGUUACGCGUGCGUCGAUUUGUGAUGUAUAAUUUGAAACUUCAUUCUUUCGUUUCAAAAGAUAUUUAAAGUUUCAAACAGAUGAAUCGUAAUUUAGUAUUAUCGUUUAAAUUAUUUAAUGACUCGAGAUUUACAAAUGUUUAUCAAAAGAGCUGGUGAAGAAUGAAUUAUUUGAAUAGUAUAGGAGGCAGCGGAACGAGUGCUGAUUCUGGCCUCCAAUUGAACAAUGUCGAAGUGUUGUAUACUAAAGUGCAAAAAGUUUAUAUAAAACCUCAACAUAAAGAAGAACGUCAACGUGAUCUUAGAGUGAAUGUUGAAACUCAUGCUGGUCUUAGUCCUGUUUGUCGCAAGAGUUUAUGUGUCUUAUUGUCAGAUGAUGAUGAUCCUUGUUUUUUAUAUUCCUUGUUUAUUGCCGAAGAGGAUUUUAAAGUACUAAAAGCUCAACAAGGUUUAUUAGUCGACUUUGAUAAUUUCGCAACACAAUUAAUAUGUUUAUUAGAACAAUGCAAUGUACCUGGUUCCAAUGUGUCAAAAGCACCACCCAAAUUUCUUUUGCUAUUAGCAGAAGAAAGUGCAGAAUGGACAUUCAAACUGGUUGAAACUAAUAAUUUUAAACAUCUUUGCCAUUUGAGUUUAUUUAUAUCUCCUGCUAACGAUUCUGAUUUGAGAACUCAUAUGGCUAUGAAAAUAAAACAAUUAAAAGAGAAUGUUUUACAAAAAAGUAGAGAUGUAAUUGGGUUAGAAACGCGAUUAAAUGACUUGACUAAUAAAUUUGAAUCAAAGACUAAAGAAUUAGACCAAUUAGAACAAAGAUAUCUAGCAGAAAAAAGUCAAAUUCAAAUUAGUUCUACUCAGCAAAUAAGUAUUGAGAAGGACAGAUUUGCUCAGGCAAGGCUAGAAUGGCAGCGUCAAAAUGAUAAAGAGAAAAUGGAAUUAGAACAUAGGCAUACAGAAACCUUAAAACAAUUACAUUCUGAACUUGCUGAAUUGCGUACACAAAAUAUGAGUUAUAAGGAUAAAUUGUCAUAUCUUGAAGCCACUAACAAAGAGCAAAGUAAACAAUUACAGAAUAUUGAAAAAGAAUUAAAUGUUGCGCAAAAAGAAUUAGUUUUUCUAAAAAAACAGAAUUCAAAAUUAGAUAUAGAUUAUCACGAAAAAGAUAAAGCUGUUAAUGGUUUACGUACAAAAGUAGCUGUACUUGAACAGGAAUUAAAAGAUAAGGGUGUAAUCAUUAAUAAACAUACAGAAAUGUUAAAAACAGCAAAAGAACAAAAACAACAAUUGGAAGAACUUUUAGCUGAUAAGGAAGGUCAAUUACAACGUAAACAAAAUUCUUUGAGAAGUUUAAGCGAUGAAUUAGUAAAAGCUAAUGAAAUAUUAACAAAAUUACAAAAUGAAUUAGCUUCUACUAAAUCUAAAUUAAAACUAAGAACAAGUAUAGCAUUGGAACAAGAAAGAUUAUUAGACAGUAAACAAAAGGAAGUUGGUCAAUUAGAAAGCAAAAUGGAAAGUUUAAACAAAGAUAUUAAAGAGGCAAAAAUAGAAACAGAACACUUAAAAGAACAAGUGAAAGUAUUGCAAAAUCAAUUGGAAGAAAAAGACAAAAUAAUAAAAAAUAAUGAUAAUGUAAUUAAUUGGUUGAAUCGCCGUUUAGCUGAUAAUCAAUCUCCACUUCAGAGUGCUACUACUCCAGCUCCGGUUACUAUUCCUUCAUCGGUACAGCUAACUUUACCAAGAUCAAAUAAAUUAUAUGCAAAUAGAUUUGAAACACGAACACCUGCACCUGCCACUAUGCCAUCUACUACAUUAUCAGGAUUGCCAUUAAAAAAUCCUAUAGUUCAAAAUCCAAAUAUUAAUCAAACUACUCGUACCUCUGCCAGAUCUAUGGGAGUGGGAGUAGGAGAUAGUACAAUGGGUUUAUCUUCUAUUAACAAGACUGGACAAAUUUCUAGUACUAGUACACCAAUGGAUCGCAUUAAUACUCUAAAUAAAUUAUCAGGGAAUGCACCAGGUAUGUCAUCUGUACCAGCUAUUGUAGAAAAUAAUAAUCCAUGCAUAUCUUCAAAUGGAACCAAGACAAAGGGUUCAAAUGUUGCACUACAAGGUGGAUUAAGAAGAGCUGGUUUAUCGGACAAACCAAUUUUGCCUUCAGCUUAUUUCCCCAAAACUUUACAUUGACAAGGCUGCCAGUCACAUUUUGACAAAAAAAAAAAAAAAAAAAAAAAAAAAAAAAAAUAGUAUAAUUAAGUAAUUUAAUGUAAGUAAUAAAAUUUUAUCUAACAAAGUUUCUUUUGCAAAAUCAAAAUAUAUAGCUAAUAUAACUAUAAUACUGCCAUAAGUGAUGAAUGAAAAUUAUGAAUCAAACGAAAUGGUAGUAUUUUAAAUUUAUUGUUAAGUGAAAAAGUACAAAUGUACAAAUAAAGUAUGAUCAAGAUAAGUAUUAUUACAAGAGGUUUUUUAAAAGCAAAAAUUUAAUACUUAUAAGUAUCAUAAUCGUAUAAAUAGAAAAUUUUGUACAGUCUGAAGGUAAAAAUUACACAGAUACAUAUAUACACAUAUAUACAUAUAUUUGUAGUUAAGAUAGUAUAAUGUUUGAUCUCUCACAUUAUAGACAUAUUUACAACCACGUAUAUAUUUCCGAAAAAAAAUCUUAUUGAUUGCGUGCUGUUAAUAAAAAUAGUACCUUUCGCUUCUCAGUUUUUACUGAGAUAGCAGGUCAUAUGUACCUGUAUCCAAGCAUGGAUUGAAAAUUGGCACUUCUGGUGCAUAGACGCGUUUUAAAUUAAAUUACUUACAAAAAUAUUUAUAAUACGUUAAAAUAAUAAGAUAAAGUUACAAUAUUAAUUGAAAUAUGAUUUUAUAUGCAAAAUAGUAAUGUACAUUAAAAAAAAUUAUUCAUUUCUUCCUAUUAUUUUAUAAAAAGCAUAUAUGGUUUUUACAUAAAAUCUUAUAGUCAUAAUUCGGCAAAAAAAGAAAAUAUUGCUAAUUUUUUUAAAGAAUUUUUUAACAUGAAUACAAUUUUGAUAUUGUUAAAUAUUAAUUCAAUGUGUUUAAUUAAAAAAUUUCUUUAUCUUUUUCUAGUAUGACAUAAAGUAUCAAUUUUAAGCAGUAGCUGAAAAUAAGGGUUUUAGUAAAACCUACAAUGUAUGUCACGUUAAUCAUUUUCCUAUAUAUAAAAAGAUGAUGAUCAUGCAUUAAUAGAUAUCUGACAAAGGCAUAAUUUAAUAAUGCAUAAAUCCAAUUAAGACUGUAUAAAUUUAAAUAAUUAUGAUAACAUAAAAUGAUUAUAUAUAUUACAUUGUAAAACCAAUAUAUUGAGAAUUAAUGUGCCUUAUAUAUAAGAUAGGCUGGAAAAGUUCAUUACAUGCAAAUUUUAUAAAAGAUUCUACUAAAAAAAAUGUUUUAAUAUGUCAGUGUAAUAAUUCAUUAAAUAUCAUGCAUGAUUCUCAGCCAAAAGAAUAUUUUUACAUGUAAUGCAAUGGAUUAUUUCUAGUCUACCAGAUAUUUUACUUAAGAUAACUUAUUAUUUGCAUAUUAAUAAAUCAAAAUAAAAAUAAAAAUUUUAGAUAAUAUAAUUCAUGUAUUAAUCUUUUUAAAAUAGAAUUUUGAUAAAUAUGAAUAAAAACAACUUGCCAAUUCAUUAAACUACAUUGCAUACAUACUAACAGUAUUAAAUGUAAUAGAUAAUAGAUAAGUCAGUAAAUUUCAUAUAUUUUAAUACUUUUUGUAUAUAAAAUUCUAAUAAAAAUUAUGUUAUAGAAAUA